CUCCAGCUCUGUGUUGUUGUGUCUCUUCACGUGCACUAAACUCUGUUUUUAUAUUUCCAACCGCAGCAGCCUCAGAGUGGGUUUCUUCCUAAACGUUGGACUGCUCCUUUAAUGUUUCUUUAUGCUGUCGGGUUUGUCCAAUUACUGUGUAGGUGGAGCUGAGGAGGAAACCGACCGAGAGCGACAACAGAGGCGCUUUUUUUUCUUCUUCUUCUGCAGCUUCCAGACGAGGAGAAACCCGCGGUUGAAAGUUACCUUUGUGUUUCUGAUGAGCUGUGGAAAGUCGGUCACAGACAGCUGAUACAGUCCGAUGGUGUGGGAGGAAGAUUUCCCGAUGAUUGAAGUGUCGAUACCAUCGAUGGAGCGGGAAGUGGAUGAGUCGGGAAAGUCCAAAAAGCGCUUCAGAGUUGAAGUCUUGUUUAAUGGGAGGAAACAUUAUGUGCUCAGGAGAAACAGCGAGUUCCAGACUCUGCACAGAAAACUCAGGAAGAUCAUUCAGACGCCCGACUUCCCGAGCAAAAGGAACCCCCACCUGAGGACCAAACCUCUGGAGCAGAGGAGGCAGGAGCUGGAAGAUUACAUCCAGGACAUCAUCUACCAGAAUGAGGAUGUGCCGCAGGUGCUGCUGGACUUCCUCCACGUCAGACACUUUCACACAGGGAACAAGAUCAGCAGCGUGGAGUCCCUUGAGGAACUGGACAGUCGAGAUUACAGUUUUUCGUUACCAAAUCAGCGAGUGUUGGGCUUCUUUCAGGAUCCUUAUCUCUCUGACUGCACAUCAGAUCUUCCAGACAUUGUUGCGGACGGGGUUCUUCAGGGUUUUUACCCCCGGGGCGUCCGGGUCAGCUUCACCGCCCCCACUCUCACUGAACCUGACCCCACCACUUCUAUAGAGGCCUGAGAUUACAGUCACCAUGCAGUGAAGUGUGUGUGUCAAAGUAAAGUGUCAAAGUAGAAUAUAGAGCACAGUCCAAUACAUGAUACCAGCAAGAAAGAUAAAUGAAGAAGCCAUCAGCAAUGAGCAUGACAAAGAAAAACUGUGUUUGGCCCCAGUGGGACCGACACCCAUCAUCCAGCCCUUGUUGUCGCUGCUCUGUUCAUUGUUCUUCCAGAAACGUGAGGUUCUCACAUUUAGGCCAACGACCAAAAUCCAUCUUGAAAACUUAUAUCUGUUUUGAAGAAGCAGCCAGAUUCACUCAUUGCGUGCAUCAGUGUUUCUUUAGCCAUGAAGAUGACUCACAAACUGGUUUUUAAUCAAGUUGGGACAUUAUUUUGCAGCCAUAAGCAAACAUGAACAGAAACAUGAGUCUUGUCUUUAUUUUAGUGAAACUGUAACUGAAUAGAUGGGAAUUUAAUUUUAAAAUUAAAAAGACAUACAGACAGAGUUUAGAGAAGUACUUGAAAUGUCAGGGGCAGACAACGUUUACUUUUUAAAAUAUUCUUGUUUACAGUUUUUGUUUUUUGUCAAAGAUUGACAAAUGGUGUGGGGAGGGGGGUGGGGGUAGAAGUUGCAUACAGUUUAGAUUUGAAGUCAACCAGCCUUAAAUGUGUAACCAUAAACUUUUGGAGUUGACAUUUACUGUAUGUACUUUUUUAAAAAAAUCUUAUUAUUUAUGUCGAAAUUGUAAUAAAGAAUCAAAGACAGUUCAACCUGUAUGAAUUCUCUUUGUAAACCUGAGCUGCAGAACAAGAAAAUCCACAUUGUUCAGUGUGAGAAACUAAAGGCAGAAGGAGACUUGAUCCUGCUUUUGUCACACUGUCAUAAAACACAUUUCUUUUGUUACAGAUCAGUGAUCAGGCAGCUGUGGUGUGAAUAGAUUCCUGUUUAUAAUAACAAUUACUUCCUGCAGUGGAUGACAUGACUACUGAUCAAUUGAAAAUGCUUCAUAUUGGCUUAUUAUAGAAAAUUAAUAGAUUUACUAGACUACAGUGAAAUAUGGUUUAGACCAGUGGUUCUAAAGCUUAUGACACACAUUUGAUAAGAUUAGGAUCCCCUAUCUGGUAAGAUUUUUGCUUUUGGAUGUUUUAUUACAGAAAGUGUUUCAAACCCAUGACUAAAAUAGUCAUACAUUCCGUCAUCGUGUGAAUUAUGGAUGGAAUUAUAUUGAGGAACCCCCCCCAAGGACCCCUGAUUUAGUCAGCUCUUUCAAAUUUUUCUCUUAGUCUUUUCUUGUUAAUAUACCUUCAUCAGACACACUUGUAAAAUGUUAGAGAAUUCAAUAUAACUGUUCAGACGUAAAUAAUCAUGUUCAGUUUUGAUUGUAUUGAUUUAACUAUAUGUUUAUUAUUGAGGUUUUAGUUUGCAGUGCUGUUGAACUGGACUACAACAUAUUAUCUCCAAUAGCGUCAAUCAAAAUGAUAAUUAUCUCUGCAGAGGUAGAAUUCAUGGCAGAGCUGUUGUAUCAUUUACAUAUAAACAAAAUAUGUGAUGUGUUCAUUAAAUUGAAAACUCAUCUCAAUUCAAAGUGGGUUUUUUUAUAACCUCAAACA